UCAUCCGACAACAACAAAUUCGGCUCUUUCCUUUCUUUAUCGAAACUGAUUCCCAUUGCUUAAUCCAUUUCCCCCUCCCCAACUCUGUAUUUAUUAAAUUCAAUUCAAUUCAAUUCAAUUAUACUCUGCAUUGCAGAAAUGGAGGCAUCAAGAAGCUGCAGCACGAUCUUAGCUCUAAUUCUCGUAGCUUCUAUGGUCAUCAAUGGCGACCCGUUAGUCCCGGCGCUCUGCAUAUUCGGAGACUCGGUGGUCGACGCCGGAAACAACAAUAAUCUUCAGACUCUUAUAAAAGCAAACUUCCCUCCUUACGGGAGGGACUUCGUCACCCACAAACCGACGGGGAGAUUCUGCAACGGCAAGCUCGCCGCGGACUUCACCGCCGAGUACUUGGGAUUCAGUUCAUACCCGCCGCCGUACCUCAGCCAAGACGCCAUGGGGACGCGCAUCCUCGCCGGCGUCAACUUCGCGUCCGCUGCUUCCGGUUACUACGACAGGACGGCGGAGUUCUACCGGGCGAUGACGCUGACGCAGCAGCUCUCGUACUACAAGGAAUGGCAGAGGAGAGUGGCGAAGUCCGUCGGCGCGGCGAAAGCUAACGACAUAUUUUCAGGAGGGAUUCAUUUAAUAAGUGCAGGGAGCAGUGAUUUCAUCCAGAAUUAUUACAUCAAUCCGUUGCUCAACAACGUUUACACCCCCGAACAGUUCUCCAACCUUCUCUUGAAAUCCUACUCCAAUUUCAUCCAGAAUCUAUACAAUUUGGGGGCGAGAAGAAUCGGGGUAACAAACCUGCCGCCGACGGGAUGCUUGCCGACAGCGAUAACGAUGUUCGGUUCAGGCAGCAACAAGUGCGUGUCGAGGUUGAACCAGGAUGCGUCCAUGUUCAACACGAAGCUGAACACGACAUCUGAAGAUCUGAAGGCUAAUCUGCCGGGGUUGAAGCUCGUCGUGUUCGAUAUCUAUCAGCCUCUUCUGGAUAUGAUCACAAAGCCUGUAGACAGUGGGUUCUUUGAAUCGAGGAGGGCUUGCUGUGGGACAGGUACGAUGGAAACCUCGUACCUCUGCAAUGCUAGAUCAGUGGGGACGUGCUCGAAUGCAACAGAGUAUGUGUUCUGGGAUGGGUUUCACCCCUCUCAAUCUGCUAAUGAGAAACUGGCUCAAAGUCUACUUGAGCAGGGAUUUGAUCUCAUUUCUUGAAACAGACACGAGAUACGGUUGUUAAUUGGAGUGAUUAAGAUUGUUUUGAUAGAUUAAGGUUUGCAUAAUCAAGAAAAUAAGCCAGAUGAGUGCAAAAGUAAUAGAACAUACAGAAGUUUUACAAAAAUAUAUAGCAAAUAUUUGUAGACAUUAAUGUAAAAUCUAACGAGUCAGCAGCACAAAAUCUGUAUUCUUGCCUGGUAAGAUGUCCAGUAAGUCAAUAUUGAUAUUUAUUGGAUAUGCAUUCAAUGUUGAGUGGAUAUUGUCAAAUAUAACUUUCAUUUAUUA